AGAGGCGAAGGGCCCCGAGGUUUCUGCGCUCCGAGUCAGUUGGCCGACAUGAGCCGCGCGCGUUGGGGCUCUCGGUGUUUGUAUACUCGUUAAGGGCUGUUCUCGCAAACGCGAUCGUGGCGUGUGCACCACUUGCUCGCUUGAAAUGUACGCCGAUCGAGCGUACCGCGCGAGAAGCGUUUCUCUCAUCGAACUGAUCUUCCCGUCCGUCACCGCGUGCAGAUAGCUUCGGGCUAACUUUAUUUCAUAUUUCUUGCUGGAAAGUGCGCUAACGAGGGGUGGUAAAACGGUGCGACGAACUAUCAACGGGUCACCGAGUGUUUGUCAGUGCAGUGGGUUCAAGUGUCGAUCGACUGGAUACGCGUGCCGAUCGAAGCGUUUUUUCCCCUGGAGAAAUCGUGGAUUUUCCUGGAUCCAUGCUAUCGAGUGUAAUCCACCAUCCCCACAAGGUUCCAGGGGUGAAAGUGCAGUGACCAGUGCGAGAAACGUUUAACCCUAAUUCACGCGUUCCUUUCGACAUAAAAUGAACGAAUGACCGCGACACGUACACGAUGAGGCCGAAAUCGUGUUCCCUGUUCCUGUUGUUCUGCGUGUUGCUGCCGGGCCUGGUGCGACCCUUCACAUCCGGCGAAGAAGGCGAUGACGCAGCGGAAGAUGAAGAUUCCUACCUCCUGGAGGAAGAUGACGUGCCUUCGGCAACGAUAGCGACGGAUACAGAGCUGAUCUCCGAAGCAGGCGGUCAUCUGCCGGUCUUCCUCACUGAACCAGUCGAUUCUUUCGUGGUGAAGAAUAAACCGGCCACGUUACACUGCAAGGCUGCUCACGCGUUGCAGAUCUUCUUCCGCUGCAACGAUGAGAGGGCGGACGAGUCCCAGCAACAGGACUUUGUGGAUCCCCAUACCGGGACCAGGAUAGUCGACUGUGAGCUUAACGUAACUAGAGAUCAUAUCGAGGAGUACUUUGGUAAGGACAAGUUCAAGUGCGAGUGCGUUGCCUGGUCUGGAUCGGGACAAAUCAAGAGUCAGCCGGCUACUGUCGAUGUUGCUUACUUGAAGAAGCAAUUCGAGUCUCCGCCGUACUCGGUAUUGGUAGAGGCAGGUCAGAGUACGGAACUCAGGUGUCUUCCUCCCGUGGGAGUGCCACCGCCGAGGGUGUACUGGCUGAGAAACAAUGUUCCCGUCGACACGGAGUCGGACACGCUUUUAGUGUCGAGCGAGGGACAUCUUUUGGUAGGACAAGCGAAACUCAGCCAUCAAGCGAAUUACACUUGCGUCGCUGAGAACAUCGCUGCGAAAAGACUGAGCGAGCCCGUCAGCCUGACGGUUUACGUGAACGGAGGAUGGUCCUCCUGGUCAGCGUGGUCCGAGUGUCACUCGAGAUGCGCGAAAGGGGGUCAGAAACGAACGCGAACGUGCACGAACCCUUCGCCUAUGAACGGGGGUCAACCCUGCCUGGGUCCAUCGCAACAGAAGAUGGACUGCAACGCCGCCUGCCCUGUGGUGGACGGAGGAUGGUCCAGAUGGUCAGCGUGGUCGGUGUGCGGCACCGACUGUACGCACACCAGAAGAAGAUCGUGCGACGAACCUCCACCCAGCCACGGUGGCCGACCUUGCCCGGGUAGGGACAUCAGCGUGGCGAAUUGCACCGGCGGCAUGUGCAACAGUGGCAACGCGAAGGUGGGUGGCGCGCACCUAACCGAGGAAGCGAAUCGCCAGAUGGACGUGGCACUGUACAUCGGUUUGACUGUCGCGUGUGUGGUAAUCGGUGGACUGGCGUUUUUCUUAGCGAAGCUUCUGAGGCGCAAAGGUCGGGACCAUUCCCUCUACUCCAUGGCUCGUAACGAAUUCCAGCCGGAGUUCUUCCCGGACCAGGACAAGAAGCUGAGCCUGCAGCCGGACGUCACGGCGACGAGCGUGCCGGCCUGUUACGAGUAUCCUUUCGACCCGAAGCUGUCGAUGUCGAGAUCCCUCUCCGAACACCAUUACGACGUCCCCCACCUGUCGAUCGCCCCUCAGCCGUCGCCAAUGUCGCCGACGCCCAGCACCUCGACCCAGGAGUCCUGCAGCGACAAGCAGAUCCACUCCGAUUGCGAGAACAGCGUCACUAGCUCGUACCCCUCCUCCGACUCGACGUACAACGUCGCCUCGGAGAGCGUCCGAUUGCAGAAGCUCGAGACCGGAAACGUGGCUGGCGCCGCGGUGAACACGCGCGGUGCCCUCUUGGUGCUCCCGGACGCCGGGAUCUCGAUGUCGGUGCCCGAGGGGGCCGUGCCGAAACCGCUCAAGGAGGAACUCUACCUGGCGGUGCUGAACGAGGAUCGCUUCAGGCCUCGAUUACCCGAUGGUAUCACGCAACUAUCCGCGGUGGUGACGUGCGGCCCCUCGUCGGCGACCUUCAACAAGCCUGUGAUCCUGCAAUUCGAGCAUUGCGCGAUGCUCCAUCCCGCCACGUGGGAGUUGAGCGUCUGGGCGUGCGACGGUCUUAGCGUAGAAGAUGGAACGGCCAUCAUGUCCUCCAAGGAGCACCAAUCGAUCACGUGGACCAGGGUGUUGACGCUGGGCAACGAGACCAUCAACACGCCGUUGUUCACGCAGUUGGACCACGCGGAGGCGUUCAUCGUGACCGAACAGCUGAGAGGUUACGUCCUAGCCGGUCAGAGUUGCGAGAACGUGAUCGCCACGAAGAGAUUGCGGCUGGCNUUGUUCGCCAGCCAGGCUGGCCAAUGCUGCGUGAGGGUGUACGCCGUGGAGGACACGAAGGCGGCGAUGAAGGCCAUCGUCGACAGGGAAUCCCAGAGCAGGGGCUACCUCCUGGACAAACCACGGACGCUGUUGUACCAAGAUAACGGGGAGUCGUUGUGCGUCAGCCUGGAAGAGGUCGGCAACGAGUGGCAAAGCAAGUCGCCGACGGAGCGACAGGAGAUACCGUUCAGGGACGUGUGGAACUGUCUGGAGAACACGAAACACGUGACCUUCGGCCUGGACACCGCGUUCGGGCCGAGCAACAGUCGUAGCUACAAACUGCAGGUGUCGCAGGGCAACUCCGACACCAGGCAGGUGUUCAGGAUCGUGUACGACGCCGCGAAACAAUUGAUCUCGUCCGGAAGCGUGACCAGACCGUUGCGAGAGGUGACCGUGGUCAGCAGCGGGCAUGCUAAUAACGCGACCACAGACUCCACCACCCUGAGACCGUUUCGGUUUACCAGGUCCCUCAGGAAGCAGCUAUGCCAGUGUCUGGAUCCGCCGAACGCCCUGGGCAACGACUGGAGAAUGCUGGCGCAGAGGCUUCAAGUUGACAGGUACAUCAACUACUUCGCGACCAAGCCCAGUCCAACGGAACACAUUCUGGACCUGUGGGAGGCGAAGCACCACGAGCCGACAGCCGUGACGGAUCUGUUGAACCAUCUUCGCGUGAUGGGCAGAACCGACGCGGCCACCAUUUUGGAGGCACAGCUGGGUCCCUGGCUCUGAACGAUCGAAAUACUCGAAGGCUUCGAACGCGUAUCCUUCGGUGAGUGAAAGCUCAAGAACGAUCAGUGAAUCAGUGGGUGACCGGACGUCCAACGGGUGGAACUUUGUCGAAAGUGAAACUGGAACUGGUUGGCGAACGGGGAUAACGCGUGUUCCCCGUACGAAUCUCAUCGAAACACUGCCUUAAUCGUGCGGGACUCUCUCGCGACGCUUUCUUUCUUUUUGUACAUAGAACACUUCCGUUUUGUAAGAAUCGAACGUUGCUCGAGUGGCACGGUUUAAAGCCGCGGGAAUUGGAUCUACGUUAAUUAAUCGUGAACGAAGUAAAUUAGAGACUGUGCAUUUAGAUGGGUAUAUAUGUGUACAUACGUGGUAACGAGCUGGCGAGCAAAUGGAUUAUUAUCCAUUUAGAUGGAUGUUUAUAUAAAUAUAAAUAUAUAUAUAUAUACAUAAUUAGAUAGAUAGAUAGAGCGAGGAACGGAAGUUCCGAGGCGAUGUAAGUGGAGGAAAAAACAGAAGGUAAAACGCGUUUUUUAUCAAUUUGUUAUAUGAACGCACGAGGCACACGCGAGUGGCCAAUGGUUUCCUGGAAGGAUGAUCGUGCCAAAAUUCUCACUCUCGGUUUCUCGACUAGACGAACGACGCUUACGUUGAUGUUUCUAUUCGGAUGUUUGUUGAAACGAGCCCUUGAGGUUUCUUUCGUAUAUGGACAAUACUCCGCGUCCGGCUAGAACAGUGAUGGGUUGAGGUGCAAACUUUAGAAGUUUAAAAUUUCUCAAAUUCUCAAAUGUCUGAAACUCCAUCUCUACAAAUUGUUAAAUGUUCAAAUUCCUCGCUUUUUAAAGUUCCUAAGUUUCAGAAUCUUCAAAUCCCCAAAUUCCUAAGUUCUCAAGUUCCCAAUCUCCCAAAUUCAGUAAUUGCAAAAUUCUCAAACACCCUUUGUAAGUUCUGAAGUUCACAAUCUCCCAAAUUCUCAAAUUUCCGAAUCCUCAAACACCGUUUCUAAGUUCGCAAUCUCCCAAAUUCUCAGAUCUCCGAAUCCUCAAAGACGCUUUCUAAGUUCUGAAGUUCACAAUCUCCCAAAUUCUCAAAUCUCCAAAUCCUCAAAUAUCCUUUCUAAGUUCUGAAGUUCGCAAUCUCCCAAAUUCUCAAAUCUCCAAAUCCUCAAACACCCUUUCUAAGUUCUGAAGUUCACAAUCUCCCAAAUUCUCAAAUCUCCAAAUCCUCAAAUCCCCUUCCUAAGUUCAGAAAUUCCCAAAUUCCCAAAUCUCCAAAUCCUCAAAUCCCCUUCCUAAGUUCAUAAAUUCCCAAAUUCCCAAAUCUCCAAAUCCUCAAGUCCCAAAAUUCCCAAGUCCACAAACUUCAAUUUUCCUGAUGAGCACCAUCACUGGUUUAGAUCGAUACCAACCUACGAAAUCGAUCGGACACGGCUCGGUCACGCGGGACGAACCCGAUUUCGCGACAAAUCUACUGAUUUUUAAAUCGAUCCAAGAUUUUUAUUUGGAAGAAUUGUAUAUUUGUUACUUUCGACGAAUAAAAUA